AAGGCUGAAUUAUAAACUCUAUUUCGCUGUAAGACUGCCAAUUGCCUAGUUAAAUUUUUAGAAAGUUCAUAUGCAACGCAAAAAGCCGCAGCAGUUGGCAGCUCCGCAACUAGCCGCAGUAGGUUGGCAGUCCUGCAACCAGUGAGCGUGCGCAGAGAUUUGAAUAGAAAUAACAUAGAGAGGCACAGAAGACAUCUCAAACGCAACGGGACUUUAAGCAUUGAAGAAUUAAAAUAAAACAAAUCAUUGAUAUCGCUGAGAAAACUAUGUAUAAUUGAAGUAACUGGAAGAACUCAUGCACAACUAAUUGGCAACAAAUAAAACAUUGCGACUUGCAAAAUAUUGGAUUCUUCUUUAAAAGGACAGCUGAAGGGCCACAACAUAAGAGAUAAUAAGAAAAGGAAAAUGCAACGCUACUAUGCGGAAAGAGAGACAACAGGACCAGAGUUUGACGAUCGACUAAUAAAAUUGGUGCGAGCUAAUCCUGCAAUCUAUGAUGUCAGUCAUCCACACUAUAGACGCAAUCCAGUGCGUGUGGGCAUAUGGGAUCGCAUUGCCAAUGAGCUUGGUGCUUCAUCCCGCUUUUUACAAACAAAAUGGAAAAACAUACGCUACAAUUAUCUGCAGGAGAUCAAAGCACUGGAGACGGGGACGACAAAUCCAAACGUGCGCAAACGUCGCUUUACCGAAGAUUUGUCCUUUCUACAAAACACUGCACAGACCUAUAAUGUUAAGAAGGCGCAAAGCUAUGUGGAAAUAAGUCAUACAACCAACGGCGGUGCCAGCAGCGACAAUGAUAGUAACAGUUUUCUUUAUCCUGAUCCGGAACACUUGCGGGUCGACUCAGCGAAAAAUUUUGAUAUUAUAGAACUGGAUGAUAAUAGCGAAGAUGGUGAAAUGUCUGCAACGCAUAUGGAUGGUGAUAAUGAUAUUGUGCCUGAACUGAUGCUGAUGCAGCAGCACUCAUCAGAUUUAACCAACGGCAACGGUAGCAACAAUAGCCACAACAAUACGCAAAUGAGUUCGCCGUCCUCCUCUCCACUGCUGACGCCUAUGGUUGUUAUGGGCAACGGCGAUGAGCCACAAUCAGAUGUCAAAUCCUCAAAGCAAUCGCAUCAUCGUUAUAGCCACCAGUCGCUAUAUUAUGAGCCAGAAAAUAAAACAUCUCUUUCUAAUGGUGAAGUUACAAUCGAGCCAAUUUACAAGCCAACUGCUACGCGACGCACUGCACCCGCUGGUGAUUUGGCAAAUGCGUCUAAGCGCAAACAUACAAAUGCGCCGCCCGCACCUGCGUCCUUUAAUGACCCCAUUGAGUUAUACUGUCUAUCGCUGGUGGACACGCUACGUAGCAUGCCCAGAUCAGAGCGCGAGCGUGUCAAAUUUGAAUUUGCCAGCAUUUUAAAGGAUGCAAAGUAUAAGGAUGAGGCUUAAGCUUAUGGGAUCUCUAUUUUGACAUAUACAAGCGCAU